AUGGUUUCUGCUAGUUCUCUCCCCUUCUGCGCCGUUCUCAUCCUGCUGUCCGGUUUUGCUGGUUUUGUUAGGGCAGAUGUCGGUGUUUACUCGCCUGAUGACAUGACAGUCAAUAGGAGGGAUUUCUUGUCUUCUGGUAUGUGGUCUCUGGGCCCAGAAGGAUGCAGGUUGGGGAAGCCUGGCAACCUGGUAGUAACCCCCAGGCCAGGGUCUACCCCCGAGGGAGGUGAAAUACUCGAUCCUUUUUAUAGCGGCCCUCAGUUGUGUACGUGGCUCUCGAUGUUAGAGAGGGCGCACGAUGCAGUACGGCCUGCGUGGGAGAGCGAACACCGGAGGCGGCGCAAGAAUGUCUCCAGUUGGAACCUGUACCGACGGUUUAAACUGUGGAGGAACACUUUUCCGGAGUUCUUGGUUGAUGUUAGAGUCACCCACUUGUCGCUGUGGAACAAGGACCGCUUCGGGCACCCUCUACCUUGGGCAAAGGUGCUAUUCGGUUAUAGCUGCCCCGACGAGGAGACUGGGUACGGAAUGUUUAACCAUCUUUGUGGUACAGUCUUCUCACAGGGGGCAGAUCCCAGAUCGCCAACAGAGAUUCACCUCCUCCUCCAACCCCGCGUGGGCUUCAACAGACCCCUUGAUGUCUCUGCCAGCAACUGGCAAUUCGUCUCUGGCGCGAUCUCGGGGCUGGCUGCUGCGAACGAGGAAGCAGAGGAAGAGUAUGGGACGGCUGGUGGUUUGAUCCGGUCUAUGGUCGUUAGAAGCAGUGCGUUUGCAACUCUUCGUGGAACGGUCAAUGACUGCUGGAUGUACCGGGGCAGGUGCUACUUCCGCUGGUUGCUGGACAUGGAGUGGAGAAUAUUUGGGGAGACUUUCUGUGAGAGAGUGCACCGGCAGGCGAAUAGUGGCGUGGGGAGCGCUGUGAAGUCUGCUGCACUUGACAGUGUGGCGGUGCAUGUGUUUGCAUUGAAUUUGUUCGGUCGAUCGAGACCCGCGUUGUAUGGGACGGCAGAUGAAGGCGUGCUGGGACUCAACGACAGCUCAGGAUUGCUCACAAUGGAAAUUGACACAACCCCAGAGAACGUUCCGAACUUUGAACGCUCGAAAGUGACUGCGAGGAACGUGCGGGCAGCAAAUGUGCUCUUUAAGGGAUUGUCUUCUUUGGUAGGAGGCGGCAAAGAAAAGCAUAACAAAGGGCGUGCCGAGUUAUUUGGAAGUGACGACUGA